GGACUCGAAAGUAAAAACGGUCUCACUACGUUUCGACAGACAGCCGUAUACGAGAGAGGGAGAGAGGGAUUUGGGUUUUUCGCUGCAAAGCCUCUGCAAAACAUCAGAAGUGUCAAAUAGAACCUCGGAUCGAAUCACACCCAAAAAGCGCUUCCUAUCAUCAUAUCAAUACCGAUACUUCUCAGAGUCUAUCUCUGACCUAGAUCGAAUUAACCCAGAAUCUCUGCGGUCCGAUCGGUUCCUGUCCUCCCCAGCCAUGAUUCCGACCGACCCAAAUGACCCUUUUCUCUGAACCAUCCAAUUCUUCUAUCUCGCGAUGGAUUUCGUGCAGUUCUGUGCUUCAGCAGCCUUCGUAUUCUUCCCUAUUUGAGAGAUAUAUAUAUUUUUUCAUUUGGGGGUUGAAAUUUUCUAGCUUUUUGAUUGCAUGGGCGAUCUCCAAGUUUGGCUGCUGCCACAGCCGAACAACAUCCUGACAGACGACAGCCCGUCCCCAUCCCCAUCGUUGUCACCGUCGAAUAACCCGCGCCCGCUGUCGAUUGGGGCAGACAGCUGGCGGUGGGCUGAGCAGGCGACCUGCGAGAUAAUAUGCCGGAUUCAGCCAACAGUGGUGUCGGAGCAGCGGAGGAAGGCCGUUGUUGACUAUGUGCAGAGGCUCAUUAGAGGAGUACUUGGCAGCGAGGUAUUUCCAUUUGGAUCAGUGCCUCUAAAGACUUAUCUUCCUGAUGGAGAUAUUGAUUUGACUGCACUUAGUUAUCAAAAUGCUGAGGAUGCUUUGGCAAAUGAUGUUCGUAGUGUCCUUGAAGUAGAAGAGCAGAACCGAGAUGCUGAGUUCGAAGUAAAAGACGUGCAAUACAUUCAUGCCGAGGUCAAGCUUGUCAAAUGCCUUGUUCAGAAUAUUGUAGUGGACAUCUCCUUCAAUCAAUUAGGUGGGCUCUGUGCACUAUGCUUUCUUGAACAGGUUGACCGUCUUAUUGGCAAAGAUCAUCUCUUUAAGCGCAGUAUUAUACUGAUAAAAGCUUGGUGUUAUUAUGAGAGCCGCAUUCUUGGUGCUCAUCACGGUCUGAUCUCUACAUAUGCAUUGGAAACAUUGGUCCUUUACAUCUUCCAUCUCUUCCAUUCUUCCUUACAUGGCCCCCUGGCGGUUCUUUAUAGGUUUUUGGACUAUUUCAGCAAAUUCGACUGGGAUAACUAUUGUGUCAGUUUAAAUGGUCCAGUUGCUGUAUCUUCUCUGCCAGAAAUAGUGGCUGAGACACCGGAAAAUGAUGGUGGUGAUUUGUUGCUUAGCAAGGAAUUCCUUAGGAACUGUGUAGACAAGUUCUCAGUUUCAUCAAGGGGGCUCGAGAGCAAUGCGAGAUCGUUUCCUCGAAAGCAUCUGAACAUAGUCGAUCCUCUGAAAGAAAAUAACAAUCUUGGUCGCAGUGUCAGCAAAGGUAAUUUCUACCGGAUACGUAGUGCGUUCACAUAUGGAGCUCGAAAGCUUGGGCGAAUCCUUCUAUUGCCAGGAGAGGGUAUUGUGGAUGAACUCAACAAGUUCUUCAUGAACACGUUGGAUAGACAUGGAAGUGGAGAAAGGCCGGAUGUGCAGGAUCCUGUCCCUAGCUUUCGGGAGAGUAAGCCGUAUGUUGUUAAUGGGUCCGGCGAGAAAUGCACAGAGGAUAUGCCAAUUUCAGGAUAUCUGUCCUGUGAUUCCCAUGGCACUAUGGGGGAGGGUACGGUCGAUCAUCACAGGGUGUUAUAUGAGGAGAUCGAUAAGAUUCGGAUUUCAGGCCCAGAAAAGAAACAUAGUAUGACUGGCAUGCAAGUGGGAAGACAGUUGCCCAAUCAUCAGGCUGUUGGAAAUGAUCUGCAAAGAAGUAAUAAAGUGGCCCAUGCUUCAACACUGUUGGGAUCUGAUUGUUCGACAGAGGCAGAUUUCGUUUCAGGUAGUCGCUUGGCAGGGGAUGCAAAAGAACUUGCUACCAACCAAGUUUUGGGUUCAAGAAUCACAAAUGAGAUGCAUAAAUUGUCCUCUCCCAAUAGUGAAUCGGGUACUUUGUCGUUUGGAAUGGUACGCCAUGCCCCCCAUCUCUAUUUCAAUCACUCAGUGCUGGAAAAUGGGAAGAUUGAGAACGGGAAUCCAGAUCAAACAAAAUUGAUGAACUCCGGCAUUCCUGACAAUAAAGCAUCAUCAAGGAUUAGAGCUCCUGGUGAAGAAAUCAGCACUGUUUCAUGGCUAGAACCUGAUGGGAGCAAGCUUGCAAGAAACAAUACAUUCCCAUCACGCACUAAUCACAAGACUUCUUCUGGUGUCAUUGCUGCUGACCAUUUACUGGUUCCGGGUUUGAACGCUUAUCCAACGGAAGAUCCAUCUCCUAGAAACCAAUCACUGGCUACAAAUAACUCUGAGAAUUUUCUAGAGUCUAGUAGUAGGAGCAUGGACUCAGCUGGCCCUUCUGGGAGUCAUGAAGCUCUGAAUGGUUUAGCAGACCUCAUCGGAGACUAUGACAGUCACCUUAAGAGUCUGUUAUAUGGUCAGCAGUACUAUGAGUACAUCUUAUGCAGUCCAGUUAUACCUGUCCCUCCAACAUCGCCAUCUCAGUUUCACAAUAGGCACCCAUGGGAUGUUCGUCGGUCGCCACACGUGAAGCGUAACAUGUUCACACACAUGAAUGCGAAUGGUGUUGUCACUGGACCACCCUUUUCUUCUGCAUCUGGAUAUUAUCCAGUGAACCCACCCUUAAUAUCUGGUGCUUAUGGUGUGGAGGAAAUGCCAAAGCCGCGGGGAACGGGCACAUACUUUCCUAAUACGAAUCAUCGUUCGUAUAGGGAGAGACCAUUGCUAGGGAGAGGGAGGAAUACAGCGCCAGUGACUCAGUUGCUGAGACCCCGAAACAAUGGCCGGGCAGUAACACCACCAGACGGGUCAAAUUUGCCAGAGAAAGGCAGUCAAGAGCCACUACCACAGACGCAGCUUGCACAACACCCGGUUUUCAGCGGAAACGGCCGUGGGAAGCCCGGUCCUUUGGAUUUCAUCUCCACGCAUCAAACUCCGAGGGGGUUCACUCAUGCCAUUGCCAAUGGUUUCACAUCACCACCGGAGAGGCUCGAGUUUGGUACUUUUGGGUCUGUACAGUUGGGUGCUCCCCCACUGGAACAAGGCCGGCAGCUUGAGUCUGGUGUUCUACAGCAUAUUCAGGGCUCUGGACAGAUCUUUCCAACGUCGGCGGCUCCAAGAUCUGGGUCGAGCGUGAAUCAGGAAAGGGCUGCACAAUCGUACCGUCUAAAAGAUGACGAAGACUUCCCUCCUUUGUCUGUCUGAAUGCGAUAUGAAGGUCUUCUGCAUAUAUAGAGAUAGAUGGGUAGGAAAAAGAGAAAAAGAAAAGGGAAAACAGUAUAAUGCUAACCAAUCUCGGCUUUCGCUUCUCCCUGUUGUGGUGCAAGAGCAUUUUGUACAUUCUUCUGAUUCUUUGUUUUGUUUUUUUAUCCCUUAAUUAUCAUCAUCCCCUUUUGAUCAAGUGGGUUUAUUCUGGAUUUAUUGUCAAUGUUUUUUUCAGCCCCGUCUUUUUUUCUAUGACCAUGUGGGUGAUAAAAACACAAGUUUAUGAUAUUUUAAAAUUGUUUUGCA